AUGUCGCACAACGCAACAGUGCCGAACUUGGAUUCAUGGUCGGGGUAUCUCACCGAGGCUCAAGCCCACCUUUUGGGAAUGUCGAAUACUCGGCUUGCUCUUAUUGCGCUCAUAAACGCGCCCGUAAUAAUCAUUCUUCUGAAUGCUGUCUGGCAACUGAUCGCACCGAGGGAUCCAUCAAAGCCACCCACCGUGUUCCAUUGGCUUCCAAUAAUUGGUUCGGCUGUCGGUUAUGGGAACGACCCUUUGAACUUUUUCCUGGCGUGUAGGGAAAAGUAUGGCGAUGUCUUCACAUUUAUAUUGUUUGGUCGUCGCGUGACUGUCGCGUUGGGAGCGAAGGGAAAUAACUUUGUCCUGGGAGGGAAAUCAACGGUUCUUAACGCGGAAGAUGCGUAUACACAUCUCACUACACCCGUUUUCGGAAAAGAUGUGGUGUAUGACGUCCCGAACGAGAAGUUCAUGGAACAAAAGCGAUUCGUCAAAGUGGGCUUGUCUACUGAAAAUCUUCGCGCGUACGUCGGGAUGAUUGAGGACGAGGUCGAAGAAUACAUGAACAAUGAUGCCAAUUUCCGCGUCUAUGGAAUGAACGACAUCAACGACUGGGGCAUGUUCGAUGUGGUCAGCGUUCUCCAGGAAAUCACCAUUCUUACCGCUUCAAGGACUCUACAAGGAAAGGAAGUUCGUAGCAAACUCGACAAGACAUUCUCGCAACUCUACAACGAUUUGGAUGGCGGAUUUACGCCGCUGAACUUCCUAUUCCCCAACCUGCCUUUGGAAAGCUACAGAAAACGGGACCGAGCGAACGUGAAAAUGACAGAAUUCUAUGUCGACAUUAUUCAAAAGCGUCGCCAGGCGGGCGCUGACAGCGACCACGACAUGAUUGCUGCUCUUAUCAAGCAAACCUACCGCGAUGGCACUCCUCUCAAAGACCAUGAGAUAGCCCAUAUUUUGAUUGCUCUUCUCAUGGCCGGCCAACAUACUAGCUCUGCUACUGGUUCAUGGGCUCUGCUUCACAUCGCAGAAAAUCCGGAUGUUGGCGAGGCUUUAUACCAAGAACAAGUUAAAUACUUCGGUACCCCAGAUGGCAACCUGCGCUCUAUGACUUACGAAGAACUUCGGGAGCUACCUGUCCUCGACGCCGUGAUCCGUGAAACACUCAGGCUUCAUCCUCCUAUCCACAGUAUCAUGCGCUAUGUCCGAGACGACGUGUCUGUCCCCCCAAGCCUUGCUGCCCCUUCGAAAGAUGGUGUCUUUGUCGUUCCUAAGGGCCACUACGUUCUUGCUUCUCCCUCUGUCAGCCAAAUGGAUCCUCGUGUAUGGAAGGAUGCCCAGCGCUUCGACGUCUCCAGGUGGACCGACCCCGAUGGUGUUGCCGCCCAGGCCUUCAAGGCAUACGCGGACGAGAACGGCGAGAAGAUUGAUUAUGGCUUUGGUGCAGUCAGCAAAGGAACGGAAAGUCCUUACCAACCCUUCGGUGCUGGACGUCAUCGUUGCAUCGGCGAGCAGUUUGCUUAUCUGCAAUUGGGCACACUCAUUUCGACGAUGAUCCGUAAAGUUGAGCUACGGCUCAAGGACCCAGUACCCGCCCACAAUUACCACACCAUGAUCGUCAUGCCCAAGAAGCCAAGAAACAUACUCUACCGUCGCCGGAAGUUCGACUGA